AUGGACGAAAAGAAACCGAUUCCAACCCCAAACGGUGGUAAUGCCACGGCAGCCGCCUCCGCCAACACCGAUCAGGACGAGCACGAGAAGCGGGUCGGUUGUGCGCACUACAAACGACGGGCAAAAUUUGUGACACCGUGCUGCAACAAGUUUUACAUGUGUCGAUACUGCCACGACGAGAACGAGACACAUUUCUUCAACCGGAAAACGGUGACGGAACUGAUCUGCACAGAGUGUGACACCCGGCAGCGCGUGCAGGCCGAAUGCGAAAAGUGUGGCGUACGGUUUGGAAGGUAUACUUGCCUGGUAUGCAACCUGUUUGACGACGAGGACCGUAAUCAGUAUCACUGUGAUGGGUGCGGAAUUUGCCGUGUGGGAGGACGCGGACGAUUUUUUCAUUGCGAAGUAUGCAACAUGUGUUUACCGCUGCAGCUAAAAUACGACGGACACAGGUGCGUGGAAAACGUGUCCCGGUCGAACUGCCCCGUGUGUCUGGAUGAUAUUCACACCUCGCGCAUCCCGUGUCACAUUCCGGACUGUGGGCAUUUACUACACAGGACGUGUUUCGAGGAGUUGCUCUCGUCCGGCCAUUACGCUUGCCCCACCUGCCAGACGUCCAUGAUGGACAUGAACCAGCUGUGGGAGUAUCUGGACACGGAGGUGGCCGCCACGCCCAUGCCAAAGGAGUACGCGAACUAUUUCGUCGAUAUCCUGUGCAAAGAUUGCCACAAGGAGUCGACGGUAAAGUUUCACGUGGUCGGACUGAAAUGCACCCAUUGCGGGGCAUACAAUACCUGCCGGACGAAGACGAAAAGCUUGAACGGUGGAGCACCCAACAGUAGCACCGGAAGCAGCAGUACUGGCAGUAGCGGUAGCGCAGCCAGUGGUGGAAUGGCACAGCCAAACGCCUCCUCAACCAACCUUCCGUGGAUGACGAUGGGACCCCUCUCGAUGCUGGAAUCCGAAGACAGCGCCAUUGACGAUAGUGAAACUGGUGAGUCUUCCCAUUCCACAGAGGAAGCACCAACGGAAGCCAUCGAUCCGCUGUUGCAGCAACUGAUAGGCUACGAGGAUGGCGCCAGCACAUCGACCGCAUCAUCAUCGUCGUCCUCGAACUCCUCAUCCGCAUCGUCGUCGUCUUCCGCUCCGUCCUCCUCGACGAUGGUAAACGCGUUGUCGGUCGGACCCGCUCAGUUACGGCUUCGGCGAAUGACCAAUGGCCCCAACGGUGGUACCAGAAACGGCAACCGAAGCGACGCAUGCAGUUCAUCAUCCAGCUCGUCCGGUGGGGCUCGUCCAGCAGCCGGUCAAGCGAGUAGCAGCAGCGUGAACGGUGCAGCCUCGAUCGCCACCAGCACCGGACGGGAGGCCGGAACCUCCUCUUCGUCCUCCUCCUCUUCCUCAUCCUCGACGUCGGAUACACGCGACGGAGAUCGGCCCUCGUUCGAUAAUAGCAAUAGCAACGGUGGCGGUUCCGCGCAAAUCUGA